AUGUCUAAACCCCCGGAACAGUUGGUGGCGGAGGCGGAAAAGUUGCUCCACAAGGGCUGGCUUUCCUUUUUGGGAUCUGGCAGCAACUACGAGAAGGCCCACGAAAAGCUUGUUUCCGCGGGCACACAGUACAAGGCGGCCGGUGACUUUGCAAAUGCUGCGCGUGUAUUUGAGCGAGCGGCUGAGUUAUGCAAGAAAGAUAAAAACGAGGUGGACUUUAUCGUGGAUCUCGAGGAAGCGGCCCGGUGUCAUGCGAAGGCUGGUGAUGUGAAAGCUGCCACGCGCUUGUACGAGCAAAUCGUUGAUACCUACGACAGGAAGCGACAAAACGUCAAGGCAGCAAAGGCAUGCUUGAGCCUUAGCGAACUCCUCGGUUCUAAUGAACGUGCGGUGGAGUGGCUGGAUCGGGCUACCAAAUAUUACGAGGCUCAGGGAUCACACACAAUGGCGGCUGACGUAUUGAAGUCGAUGGCGGAGCAGAUGAUAAAGGGGGGGAACUAUGAAGGAGCACUCAUGAUGUACGACCGACUGGCACGCAAGGCACUCGACGACCGUGCAGCACGACUGGGCGCAAGGAAUUUGUUUUUCAUGGCGCUGUUAUCGCAAUUAUCCACAUUGACAAGCGAAAACGUUUCUGUAGGCGUGGAGUCGGUGCGAGAGCGCUUCACUGAAUACCAAGAGCUUGACCCACAGUUUAAUGAGUACACACGUGAGCAUAUGCUCAUCACAGCCAUUAUCGAGGCAAUGGAGUGCGAGAGCCCGGAGAAGCUAAAGGAGGCGAUAGACGACUACAGUACGGUGUGUACCGUCAACGACAUCAAGGAACAAAUAUUUGCCCGCGCUGUGAAGUUGCUGGAGGGCCGCAGUGAAAGCAUCAUGUAG